GCUCGUGUUACCAAGAUUAUAUUUUUAUAAAAAAAAAAAAAAAAAAAUGUGGGAGAGACGUGUCAAUUUUCUCUCUCUGUCUCUUUUAUACAAUCUACACCAUGGCUUCACAAGUUCCUGGAGUCGAGCAUCGAGAUACACAGUAUUUUGGAUAUUAUGCCCAACUUCAACAUCAACAAAACAUGUUACAAGACACGGUUCGUACAUCAACCUAUCGUUCCUCCAUUCUCUUAAACGGACCCAAAUCCUUCAAGGAUAAACUCGUCAUGGAUGUAGGUGCUGGAUCCGGUAUUCUUUCCUAUUUUGCUGUUCAAGCAGGUGCUAAAAAAGUCUAUGCUGUCGAAGCUUCAGGUAUGGCCAAGAAAAUGGAAAAGUUAGUGGCUGCUGCCAAGGAUGGUAAAAAUGCCUUUUUAAAAGACAAGAUUCAGGUCAUCAAUGCUAAAAUUGAGGAUCCUGAUUUGCCUAUUCCUAAAGUCGAUACCAUUAUUUCUGAACCCAUUGGUGUUCUUCUCUUUCACGAAAGAAUGUUGGAAAGUUAUAUUUAUGCUAGAGAUCAUUAUUUGAAACCGGGAGGUGCCUUAUACCCUUCCAAAGGUAAUAUUUUCCUUGCUCCCUUCACCGAUGCUACCUUAUGGAGUGAGACAAUGGCCAAAGCUAGAUUUUGGGAGCAACCAUCGUUUUAUGGGAUUGAUUUGACAUCCUUGUACAAGGAUGCGCGUGAUGAAAUGUUUGGUAUGCCUGUGGUAGGCCAUUUUGAUCCUCGUAACUUAAUCACCACCCCAUCUACAUUUGAGAAAUACCCUGUGGAUUUCUCCACUGUCACUGUAGAAGCCUUACAAGAUAUCGUGAUUCCUUUCAGCUGGACUGCUCAAUAUACAGGAUUAAUGCAUGGUAUCGCUGGAUGGUUCGAUCUCGUCUUUGCCCCACCUCCCUACGAUAAGCCUAAUCCCGAUGAUCUAGGCACCACGGUUGAAAUGUCUACCAGCCCUUCUGCAGAACGUACUCAUUGGCAACAGGUACGUUUCCUCUUAAAGGAACCCUUGGCCGUCAAUGCCAAUCAAACCAUUCGUGGCUGGAUGCGUUGUAUUGUCAAUGAUAUGCGUAGUUAUACCAUCUAUAUCGAGGUCACAGCCACUGAUGCUCAAGUCCUUUCGGAUGCCAAAGAAGCCGAUCAGGAUCCCACAUUUGCUGAACCCAAGGAGGAUCGUCCUGCUGUACGUCGUGGUAUUUGGGAAUUACAUGAACAGACCUAUAAUUAUAAUUAUACACCUGGUAUGAUGCCUGAUUAUAAACCCGAAUAUUCAUGUCUCUAUGAACCAGAAAGUCGUUUAGAUAAUCCACUCCAUCCUCAGUGGGAUCUGGAAGCGAUGAACGUCAUGGAUGAUUACGAAGAUUUUGUAAAUUAAAUUUUAAAAAAAGUGAAUAAAAAAGCAAAAACUUUUUUAUUAUU